UUGAGCGUCAUUUUGAGGUUCUUCAAGGAGAUCGGCCGCCAUUUGUAAUCUGCGCGUGUGUUGUGUUUUGUAUCGGCGUGGGUGACCGUGCCGGUAAACUGGUCGGCGUUUUGUGUUCAUGUUGAAUGCGGGGGUGGCGAAAAUAGUGUGAUCUGGUGAUAACAUGCUAUUCAUCGCAUUGGGACAGUCCCACGGCGGUAGUUCUGGUUCUUUCAUGGAUCACUGGUGAACCCCUCGCCGAAGGGGAAAUUUCGGCUUGCAGACAUUGGGCGCAUCGCGAGCAAGCACGUCAAAGUGCCCGUACCCGGGAAAAAUUCGACUGCAAAGGACAAAGCGGUCACGAAUCACAAGAAAACGAAAAGUGCGCCUGCGAUAACCCCUAUCACUCCCCCCGAAACUAUGAACCAUAUAGUGGAGCCGGAAAAUAAAGAACCAGAACAAGAUAGCAUAUACAAUAGUGUCGAAGACAUGGAAACUCAGGAAGCGGACUCUACAGACGCGGCGGCCGAGAAGCCGGCGGAGCGUCCGCCCGCCGAGCCGGAGCCGGACGGCGCGGCGCGGCCCGAGCUGAACGGCACCAGUGAGGUGUGCCUGGUGUCCACCACACAGGACGCCGACAUGGAGGAGGACGAGGCGCGCUCGGAGGCCACCUUCUCCUUCUCGGUGCCCAACUUCAGCAAGCUGAAGGAGUCGGUGUUCUCGCCGGCCUGCUACGUCCGCAAUCUGCCCUGGAAGAUUAUGGUGAUGCCGCGAAAUAACCCCGGCCAGGACAGGAAGCCGCAGCGCAGCCUCGGAUUCUUCCUGCAGUGCAAUGCCGAGUCGGAGUCGGCCUCGUGGAGCUGCCACGCCAGUGCCGAGCUGCGACUGCUCUCAGUCAAAGAGGGAGUGGAGGACUUCAAUAGGAAGAUCACCCACCUGUUCUACAGCAAGGAGAACGACUGGGGCUUCAGCCACUUCAUGACGUGGAACGAGGUGCUGGACGAGGAGCGUGGCUACAUCAAAAACGACACCAUCACCCUGCAGGUGAAGGUGAACGCGGACGCGCCGCACGGCGUUAGCUGGGACUCGAAGAAGCACACUGGCUACGUGGGCCUGAAGAACCAGGGCGCCACGUGCUAUAUGAACUCCCUGCUGCAGACGCUCUUCUUCACAAACACCAUCAGAAAGGCUGUGUACAAAAUGCCCACGGAGAACGACGACUCGUCCAAGUCGGUGGCGCUGGCACUGCAGCGGGUCUUCUACGAGCUUCAAUUCUCCGACAAACCCGUGGGCACCAAGAAACUCACCAAGUCGUUCGGCUGGGAAACCAUGGACUCGUUCAUGCAGCAUGAUGUCCAGGAGUUUCUGCGUGUGCUGCUGGACAAGCUGGAGAGCAAGAUGAAGGGCACCUGCGUGGAGGGCGUCAUCCCCAAACUGUUCGAGGGCAAGACAAUAUCGUACUGUCGGUGUAAGCACGUGGACUAUCAGUCCAGCCUCACCGAGACCUACUACGACAUACAGCUCAACAUCAAAGACAAAAAGAACAUCUACGAGUCGUUCAAGGACUACGUGGAGCCUCAGACGCUGGACGGAGAGAACAAGUACGCGGCCGGCGAGCAUGGUCUCCAGGAGGCCGUCAAGGGCGUCAUAUUCGAGACGCUGCCGCCCGUGCUGCACCUGCACCUGAUGAGGUUUCAGUACGACCCCAUCACAGACAGCAGCGUCAAGUUCAACGACAGGUUCGAGUUCCCGGACGUGCUGCGUCUGAACGACUUUCUGCAGACGCCGGAGAGCACGCCGGCCGAGUACGUGCUGCACGCGGUGCUCGUCCACUCGGGAGACAACCACGGCGGCCACUAUGUGGUCUUCAUUAACCCCAGAGGCGACGGAAAGUGGUGUAAGUUCGACGACGACGUGGUGUCGCGGUGCACGCGCCAGGAGGCGAUCGACCACAACUUUGGCGGUCAGGACGAGGAGCUGAACCUGACGGUGCGCCACAGCACCAACGCCUACAUGCUGGUCUACAUCCGCCGCUCGCACCUGGCGGAGGUACUGCAGGAGGUCACCGAACAGGACAUCCCGCUGGAGCUGACUGAGCGACUGCAGGAGGAGAAGCGUCUGGAGGCGAUCCGGCGGCGGGAGAGGAACGAACAGCACCUCUAUAUGCCAGUACAGGUGGUUCUGGAGGACAGUUUCGAGGGUCACCACGGACCGGACCUGUACGACCCCGAGAAGGUCAACUACCGGACGUUCAGAGUGAAAAAGUCGGCCACGCUCCGAGAAAUGAUGGACCUCUUCUCAGAGACACUGAAAGUACCUGUGAAACACCUUCGGCCGUGGCCGAUGACGAUCCGCACCAACCAGACUAACCGACCCACUGUGAUCGACAUGGACGGAGACAUCCUGAAAAAGGUUUCAGACCUUGCCGACUCCAACUCUGCGUGGACGCUGUUCCUGGAGUGUCUGCCGGCCGACCAGCCGCCUACCGCCUCGCUGCCGCCCUUCGACAAAGACUGUGAUGUGCUCAUCUUCUUCAAACUCUACUGUCCGCGCACCAAGCAGAUUCACUACUGCGGCCACCAGUACAUACCCAUCUCCAGCAAAGUCCGCGAGCUGGUUCCCCUUCUGAACGAGCGAGCCGGCUUCCCUCCGGACACCGAGCUGCACCUGUACGAGGAGCUGAAACCCAACAUGGUGGAGCGUCUGGAGGAGCUGGAGACGUCGCUGGACAAGGCGCUGGACGAGCUGAUGGACGGCGACAUCAUCCUCUUCCAGAAGGCCGAGCACGAGCCGUGUGAUGGCGACCUGCCGACUGUUGAGGACUACUACAAAGAUCUCUUCUACCGGGUGGAGGUGACUUUCUGCGACAAGACGGUGCCGUCGGACCCGGGCAUUGUGAUCGAGCUCUCCCAGCGGAUGAACUACGAUCAGAUGGCGCGCGCUGUGGCGCUCCGGCUCGGCACCGAUCCCUACAUGCUGCAGUUCUUCAAGGCGCAAAAUUACCGGGAGGGUCCCGGUAACGCACUGCGCUGCACCUACGAGGGUACGCUCAAGGAUCUCCUGGUCGGCUACAAACCCAGGCAGCCCAAGCGCAUCUACUACCAGCAGCUCUCGAUCCGCAUCAACGAGCUGGAGAACAAACGGCAGGUCAAGUGUAUCUGGGUCGGUCCUCGUCUCAAGGAGGAGAAGGAGCUCGUGCUGUACCCGAACAAGGACGGCACGGUGGCAGACCUUCUCGAGGAGGCGGCCAAACAGGUGCAGCUCGCUGACGGCGGCUCCGGUCAGCUGCGACUCCUGGAGAUCGUCGGACACAAGAUAGUCAGUGUGGUGAAGGAGUUUACACAUCUGGAUACGCUGCCGGUCGGCUCGGCCAAGGUGUACCGGGUGGAGGAGACGCCGCGAGACGAACUCAAACUGGAGGAGGACGAGCUGCUCGUGCCGUGCGCCCACUUCCAGAAGGAGAUCUUCUCCACGUUCGGUGUGCCCUUCCUACUCCGAGUCAAAGACGGAGAGCUGUUUUCAGCAGUCAAAGAGCGGAUACAGAAGAAACUCGAGGUUCCAGACAAAGAGUUUGAAAAGUAUCGGUUCGCACUAGUGUCUCAGGCGACGCACAAGUUUGUGCCAGAGGAGGCCGACUGGCACCUCGGUCUACAGGAUAUUCGGCCCAAGAUUGGCUCAGGCUCCUCGACUCUCUCCUGGCUGGGUCUGGAGCACAUGAACAAGACGCCAAAGCGCUCCCGAUACAACUACCUGGAGAAGGCCAUCAAGAUCUACAAUUGAGCUUGAGAAGGCGGCGGAGCCGACAAACGCUAGUUGGGCGGGCCGCCAAUAGGUGGCGCCACCGUGUACAGUGUUGAUUGGCGGCCGGGCUCGGGCCCGUCGCCCCUGUCGAGCUGUGAUUACCCCCUAGCUAGGGACGCGCGCGUGCGUCCGCAACAGCAGCGGGCCAGAGCGCUACUGAGCUGCUGAGAGAGAAAGAGCGAGUCGAGAGAGUCGAGAGAAAGAGCGCGCGAGCGAGCGAUCUGAGCUGCCAAGCGGCCCGUGGCGCGUGCGGGCCGCGCACGGCCGAGUCUCACGGGCAGGGGGCGCCGCGCGGGCCGGCGCGUCAGCCGGCGCCGGCCGAGACCGUUUGUUUUUACCUCCUAUUGCCCGCGGACUCUCCGCGCGCUACCUGAUCGUGAUCGUGUCUGCCGAUAAUGAUUUCUCUUUGACCGCCGGCCGAGCGCCGACAGCGCCGCCACACGGCCGCCAGACGAAACGACAGUUGCUCGCAGUGCCACAGUGUGGCGCUGGCCGAGUCCCUUGCGAUUUGAGUUCAUUCCAACAAAUUCUGAGGCAGCCGAGGUUGAAAAGUAAAACACCAAGUGCUAUGUUUUAAUAAUAAAUUAUGACAAAUGAA